AUGCCCCCUCAAAAGAUGGAUCCCUUACAAUUGGAUGGAAGUAAAUAUGCCAAGAGAAUAAAAAGGAAAAUGGAUGAAACUGAGAGACCAAGGCCAAAGGGGGCAAAACCAAUCAAGAAAAGUAAGAUUUCAAGAAACCCAUUACUGAAAGAAAGCAAGAAUGAAAGUGGAAAAUGGGAAUGGCAAAUGAAAGCUUCCAUCUUGCAGUGUGCUUAUGAUUCCAGGUCUUUGGCCAAGUUGCAGGUUCAGAGGAAAUCAUCGCAAUUUCAUCUGAUUGGGCGAAUAAUACGCAUAAAGAUCCGUUGGGUUUUCAUGUUUACGGAGGGAAGAAUGAACAACAAAGUAAUAGGAGUUGCGAUUGAUAAGGAUAAAGGAAGCCAAAGUGCAUUAAAAUGGACUGCUGAUAAUCUUCUAGGCAAGGGCCAGAUUGUGUAUUUGCUUCAUGUCAAGAUUAAACACUCCGUUCCCUUUUCUUCAUCUGUUUCUUUCGCACAAAAACCUAAUAAGAUGUCUGAUCUCCAUCCAGAUGACUCGCUUAUGAUAGAUGCUGAUUCACAGCUCAGAGAACUGUUCCUCCCUUUUCGAUGUUUUUGUACCAGAAAGGAAAUAAAAUCCCACGAAGUGGUCCUAGAAGACACAGACGUUGUUAAAGCGCUCGUAGAGUUCGUCACACGAUCGAUCAUAGAGGUUCUAGUUAUCGGAGCUCCUGCUAAAGGAGGUCUUCUCAAGAGAUUCAAAACAAAACAUAUUCCCGGAAGUAUAUUGAAAGGGAUGCCAAAUUUCUGCACGGUUUACGUCAUUUCUAAAGGAAGGAUUUUAGCCACAAAAGCUUCGUCACGUCCUCCGCCGUACAUCUCUCCGCUUCGUACCCAUUCGUCUCCCAGAUCAAGUAACAGAUCGUCCAAUGCUUCAUCCGAAAAUGUGCUACCGAUUGGUGCCAAAGCACUUCCAUGGAGACCCGCCAAUGACUCGGGUUUUACUAGGCAGUUCCCGUACUCACCUUACAAUAGUUGGUCCAACGACUCGAGCAUAAUGAAGUCCCCUUUCAACAACAGAAGAGGCCCAAACGGAAAGCCUUACGGAGAAUUAACCCCACCGGAAUCCGACAUUUCUUUUGUCAGCAGCGGUAGACCGAGCGUCGACAACUUCAACAUGUUUCCUUCAUUUGAUAGUGAAAUGAACGCACGUAUCAGCUUCUCGGAACUGGAACAAGAUUCGUAUCAGAUGGGGCGCAGGUCGGCAGAUAUAAACACCUCACCCGACCUAACCUCAUUCGACAGUCCUAGGGCAUCUUUAUCAUCAAAUGCGGAAGAUGUUGAGGCAGAGAUGAGAAGGCUAAAGCUUGAACUCACAAAAACCAUGGAAAUGUACAGUUCAGCAUGCAAAGAAGCCCUUACAGCAAAACAGAAGGCUAUGGAGCUCCAAAGAUGGAAGCUAGAGGAACAACAAAAGGUAGAAGAGGCACGUGUAGCUGAAGAAUCUGUUGAGAAAGAAAAAGCAAAAACAAAGACGGCAACGGAGGCGGCUGAAGCCGCUCAAAGAAUUGCGGAACUUGAAUCCCAGAAAAGAGUUGUUGCUGAGAAAAGUGCGCUGCGAGAAUCAUCGGAGAACAACGCAGGUUUAAUGUCUUUUUCCCGAUAUAGAAGGUACACGAUUGACGAGAUCGAAGAAGCAACGGAAUACUUCUCGGCCACUCGUAGGAUCGGAGAAGGAGGUUACGGGCCGGUCUACAAGUGUCAUUUAGACCACACACCGGUUGCUGUUAAGGUUCUACGACCCGAUGCAGCUCAAGGUCGAUUGCAGUUUCAGCAAGAGGUCGAAGUGUUGUGUUGCAUUCGGCAUCCUCAUAUGGUUCUGCUUCUUGGAGCGUGUCCAGAAUACGGGUGUUUAGUAUACGAGUAUAUGUCAAAUGGAAGCUUGGAAGAUUGUCUUUUAAGGAAAAACAAAAUCCCGCCUCUUUCGUGGCAACAUAGGUUUAGAAUCACGGCUGAGAUCUGUAGCGGCUUGCUGUUCCUCCAUCAGACCAAACCCGAGCCAAUUGUGCACCGUGAUCUCAAACCGGCUAACAUUUUGCUUGACCGGAACUUCGUUAGCAAGAUAGCCGACGUGGGGUUGGCUCGGUUGGUGCCAGCAUCGGUUCAAGACUCGGUGACUCAAUACCGAAUGACUUCUGCAGCCGGGACUUUUUGUUAUAUAGAUCCCGAGUACCAGCAAACGGGAAUGCUUGGCGUGAAAUCAGAUGUGUAUUCUUUAGGGGUUAUGUUUUUACAGAUCAUAACGGCUAAGCCGCCGAUGGCUUUGACUCAUCAUGUCGAUAGGGCUAUCAAGAACGGAACUUUUGCCGAGAUGUUGGAUCCGGCGGUGCCCGAUUGGCCUGUUGAAGAGGCUCUAGGCUUGGCUAAGUUGUCUCUACAUUGUGCCGAGUUAAGAAGGAAAGAUAGACCGGAUCUCGGUAAGAUUGUCAUGCCUGAACUUGAAAGAUUGAGAACGCUCGCCGAUGAAUCCGUGCAAUAUUCGAUAUUUUCGCCAGCCAGUCAAGUGUCUUAA